GGGGUACAUGUACCCAAGGUAAGUAAAAUGGAGCGCAUUACGCUAAGAUGUUGCCGAUAUAAAUAACUGCAGAAAUAUAGCAUGCUAGACUAUAAGGUUAAUGCAGUAUAGGAUCCCGUCAUCCUACCGGCAUCGUGUACGGAGGCCACGUUGAUGUUUAAGGUAGGAUUUUGGCGGUUAAUUGAAUUGCUGCAUAUGCAUGUAUGAAUCAAUGCCCCGCCAUUAGUAAGAUGACAACGAAGUGGAAGCUCCGAUUCAGGAACGUGGGGUUAUAGAAUUUAGAUUUUGACCAAUUUUAAAAGCGCCAUUCCUUGUUUUUUCACUGAAGUAAGGGGAGUAGACCUACUUUUAUAAAACGCCACAGAAGCAUCGUACAUAGCUGGACGCCAUUAAAUCUGCAGAUAGAGUGGAUGUAGACCUCAAUUGGCCCAUCCAUAAUUUAAGGGCCCGCACGAUUCUGCAGCUGUCCUCAGUUGCAUCUCUGGAUUUGUCCCAUACCGCCGCCGCCCAUCACGCAAUCAUGGAUCUAGUUAAUCACCUGGAAGGCCGGUUGUUGUUUGCCGUUCCUAAGAAGGGACGACUCAAUCAAGCCGCUCUCAACUUAUUAGAGGGUGCCGAUAUCCAAUUCAGACGGGAGAGCCGACUUGACAUAGCUUUGGUCAAGAAUCUUCCUAUUGCUCUCAUCUUUCUCCCGGCGGCCGACAUACCCACCUUCGUUGGCGAAGGCCAAGUUGAUCUAGGAAUAACGGGGCAUGACCAGGUGCAGGAGCACGAUGCCGGUCUCCGCGCUCUGUACAAGGCACGACGAUUUUCGGGUGAGAUCACCCCUGAGGAAGAAACCAAGCGAAACUCAAAAGGAUCGGGAAUCGAAACUGUCUUGGAUCUGGGGUUCGGAGGCUGCAAGCUGCAGGUCCAAGUGCCUGAGAAAGGCAAUUACAAUUCCCCGAAAGACCUGAUUGGGAAGAAUAUCGGCACAAGUUUUGUCCACUUGGCACAAGAAUACUUUACCAACUUAGAAUUGGAGGAAGAAGCGGCGCAGGAGGCAAAUGGCGCUCCCGUCCAGUUUUCCAAGAAGCUACAGACGAAAAUCAUCGAACUGAGCGGUAGUGUCGAGGCAGCUUGCGCUCUUGGUGUGGCAGACGGGAUUAUCGACCUUGUCGAAUCCGGGGAAACCAUGAAGGCCGCGGGACUUAAACCAAUCGAUACUGUUGUUGAGUCGACAGCUAUCUUGAUCAAAUCGCAAAAGCCUUCCAAUCCAGCUCUUGUAGACCUAAUUGCUGCCCGAAUUCGCGGCGUCAUCACAGCCCAGCGAUACGUCCUAUGCCAAUACAAUGUUGAGAGGUCAGGGCUUGCAGCAGCAACUAAGAUUGCGCCAGGCAAACGAGCACCAACAGUAACAUCUUUAGAAGAAGAUGGCUGGGUUGCAGUCAGCGUUAUGGUCGAGAAGAAGAAGAUUGCGCCGAUAAUGGACGAGCUGACCAAAGUCGGGGCAACCGAUAUCUUUGUAUUAAAUAUUGCCAACACUAGAAGUUGAAAAGAAAUAAAAGAAAAGAAUUAUGAUGGGUAUUACCUAAAGGGAUGGAAAAGGUUAUGUGCAUAUGGGGAGAAAGGAGACAUGCAUUAAGUACCUUGCAUGUACUUCUUACAUUAUGUAUUUAACGUUUAUCUCGCUAUGUUGGAAAUGUCCAUAAUGUAGGCUUUCUAGGCAAUCUUGGCUCAGUACCAUGGUUCCCGAAUAAAUUUCCUGUUCGACAAAAAUUCGGUAUUGAAAACACUAAUGUAGGGGCUGAGGGAACACCCGUGGUAGCGUGAGGCUUUGCUAGCUACCUAGGAACAGUUGCACGCACGCAAGGCUUAUGAAUCCUUGGUGGCUUUGCUUUUAGUGUAUGAAGUUAGUGGUUGUGCUGACGCAAACCGGAGCGGCGCGGGUCCCAAGGGAGAAGGGACCAUCAGUUGAGACAUCAAAUUAGAACCUUCCAACAU